AUGACUUCGAAAGGUGUGGAUGCUACUACAAGCUUCUUAGCUGCUGAGAUCAUUGCACUGAACAAUGAUGGUAUUUUCAAGACACUUAAUGAAGAAACAUCAAAAGAUUAUACAGAGAUGAUUUUAAAUUUAAAUCAUUUGGUGAUAAAUAACACCAAGAACAUUCCCUUAGCUGUGUGUGCUCAUGGGCUGAAUUCAUUAGAAGAUUGUCAAUUAUUCCUUCAAGAAAUGGAUCAAAUUUACCUUUAUAAUGAAUUGAUAUUGUUAAUUUUAAGAAAUAAACUACUUUUCAAUGAUGAAAAUUGGUUAAAUUUAUGGAAAUUUAUUAUAUUAUUUGAAGAUAAAUUCAUGUCAUCGUGUGAUAAUGAUCCAAUUAAAUCAAAUUUUACAAAUUUGACAAGAGGUGAUGAUAACUUUUUGAAUUUUUUUUUAAAAAUUAAGACUAAAGAUGAUGUCGAUGCAUUAAAUUUUUGUAAUAAUAUAAUUAAUGGUUAUAAAGAAUUUUUAAAAGAUGUUGAAUUCAUUUUUGCAAAUUUAACUAAUUUUGCAACUAAAAUGGAAUCAAUGAAAAUUAUUGAAAUCUUAUUAGCUUCCAUUAUUAAUUAUACUUCUAAUGAAGGUCAUUAUGUUUUACCAUCAAUCAUUUUAAUUAAUUAUAUUUAUAAGAAUAAUGAUCAAUUUAAUUAUCAAACCAAUUAUAAAAUUGAAUAUUAUGAUACAAACAUUAGUUAUAUCAAAACUAAACCAAUUGCUGGUGAAACUUCAGAAUUUAUUACACCUAUAAUUGAAUUACCUUCAAAAUCAAAAUUGUUUGAAUUAUUUUCACAAUAUACUGAAAAUAAAUAUAAAUUAAAUUUAUUAUAUGAAGAAUUAUUAAAUCGAAUGAUGGAGAAUAAUUGUUUCUUUGGUGUUAUUACUGAUUCAAUUACUCAUAUUUUAAUUGAAAUUCCUUCAAAUAAAGAAUUAGGAAUUUCAAUAGAAGAUUUGGAAAAUGAUAUGCAAUGGUAUAAUUUGGAACUUCAUUUAAAUGGGUUUAUAUUGAAUGAUCAGAAAAUUUAUGAUUUAAAGGGAAAAGAAUUAUCAAUAUCAUUAAUUGAUCGAAAUGAAAAUCAUAAAUUGAUAAAUUUAAAACUAAUAAUUUCUUCAAUUAUAUCCAAACAUAUAAAAUAUCAUAAUUUUAUAGCAAAUGAUCAACAUCAACCUGAUGAUUCCAAAACCAUUAAUCAUAAUGAUAUGAAAACAAGAGGUGAAAAUGUAUUAAAAUUUAAAAAAUCUUUGAAAAGAUUUAUAGCUGGUGAACGAAUGAAACCUAAAACUAACCCUCAUGAACAAAUCAACUCAAGAUUAAUAGAUUUAUCUAAUUUUGAUAAAGUAUCAAAUGUUCCACAAUUAGGUAAUUGUGUUAAAGAAACUAUUAAUAUUGAACCUAAAGAAGCAGAUGUUUAUGAAAUUUUAUCUGUUAAUCAACAUCUUUGUACAAAAAUAUUAAAAAUACAAACUAAUCAUUUGAUUAAUAUUUUAUAUAAAUAUGGAAAUGGGAUUAAUAUAGGUGAAAUUAGUUCAUUACAAAAAAAUUCAGAAUUAAAUCAUUGGGACCACAUUAUAGUUAAAACAAUAUCAAGAGAAUUAACAAUGAAUUCAGAAUACAAGAUGAGAAAUUAUCAAUUAACAGAUGAUGAAAUUUAUGAAUUUUAUUAUGAAUCAUAUCUUGAAAAUGAAUUAGAAGCUCUUGAAUUGAUAAAUAAUUAUAAUGAUACACUAGCCUUGGAAUAUAAAAAAGAUAAUGAAUUAAAUGUACCAAGAUUAUUAAUUAGUGGAUUAAUUCAAAAAAGUGAAGGUUCAAUUCUUGAUGAUGAAAAAUUUAUUGCAAUUGAACCAAUAUCAUAUAUUAAUAAUCAUCCAAAAAAUGGAAUUAAACAAUCUGAUGAAACUAAACAAGAUGGAUUAAGACAGAUUAGAACUAUUAAUUCUUUAGGUAUUCAUCAUAAUGAUAUUUUCCCAAGAAAUAUUUCAAUUAAUCCUUAUACAAAUAAAGUUUUAAUUUUUGAUUUUAAUAAAUCAACUAUUGGUGAGCCUUUUAAAUUUUCAAAUGAUUAUAUGAGUGAAGAUAUUGAAAAUUUGGGCUUUGCUCUUGAUGGUAAACAUGAAUAUCUUGAUUAUGAAGAUAUUUCAUAUUAG